AUGAACAUCGACACACUCGAAAAACUCUACAUCCACGAGCUCAAGGACCUCUACUCCGCCGAGAACCAGAUCCUCGACGCGUUGCCCAAGAUGGUCCGCGCGGCGUCCGACGCCGACCUCGUCGCCGCGUUGAACGGGCACGUCGAGCAGACCAAGGCCCACCGCGACCGCGUCACCUCCCUCUUCGAGACGCUCGACUUCGAGCCGGGCGGGCACAAGUGCAAGGGCAUCGAGGGCCUGCUCAAGGAGGCCUCCGAGCUCCUUCAGGAGGUCACGGACGAUCACGUCCGCGACGCGGCGAUUAUCUCCGCCUGCCAGCGCGUCGAGCACUACGAGAUGGCGGGCUACGGCGUCGCCCGGGCGCUCGCCAAGAAGCUCGGACGCGACACGGACGUCGACACCCUCACGAAGACGAUCGAGGAAGAGGGCGCGGCGGACCGCAAGCUCACCGAGCUCGCCGAGCACCACAUCAACUUCGUAGCACAGGUGAACUGA